CUCCAAUGGGUAUUAAAAAUGUGGUUUUUCUCCUUUGUUGUCUUUGCAUGCUAACUUUCAUCAGUUUUGCCACUUCUAGGACUCCGGUGGUGUGCUACGACAGCGGAAACUUUACGGCCAAUGAUACGUAUGGGAGGAACCGCGAACUCAUCCUCUCUUCUCUCCCCUCUAAAAUCCCAGAAAACGGUGGUUUCUACACUGCCAUCGUUGGAGAAGAACCUAACAGGAUUUACACUUUGGGGCUAUGCAGAACCGAUGUUUCGCCUGAUGUUUGUUCCAGCUGCGUCAAUUCCACAAUCCCAGUUAUUAUCUCAACGUGUCCAAACCAGAAGGAAGCAAUUUCAUGGGGAGGGGAUCCUCCCUGUAUAAUACACUAUGCAAACCGCUCCUUCUUCGGAAUACUUAAGCUGUCUCCCACUGAUUCAGGGUAUAAUGUGAAUAAUCUCACCACAAAUUUGACAAAAUUUGAUCAGAUUUGGGAGAAUUUAGCGGACGGUAUAGUGAGAAGAGCUUCUGCUGGAACGUCAAGACUUAAGUUUGCCACAGGAGAAGCAAAGUUGACAUCUUUUCAAACAAUUUAUGCCUUAAUGCAGUGUACUCCAGAUCUAUCUCAAGGAGAUUGUGAUUUGUGCCUGAGGCAAUCCGUAAGUGAUUACCAAACAUGCUGCCAAGGGAAACAAGGAGGUUUUGUUCAGAAACCCAAUUGUUUCUUCCGAUGGGAUUUGUAUCCCUUUUAUGAAUAUCUGUCACCUCCACCUAGCAUUUCUCCUCCGGAUGCAAUUCCAAAUUCAACUAAUACAACUACCCCAAAAGUUUAUGCAGACAACAAAGACAUUGAUACUCCAACUGUUAUUGCUCUUGUUGUUUCAACCAUUGCUUCCAUAGCAAUUGUAGCCAUCGCUUGUGCUCUUUUCCGAAGGAGACGGGAACCAAAGCUAGAAAUGGAGGGCAUGGAUGACAGUAAUGGAGCUAAUGGUGCCAAGUCCCUACAGUUUAACUUUGCCACAAUAAUGGUUGCAACCGAUAACUUCUCAAUCAAGAACAAGCUAGGACAGGGUGGUUUUGGGGCUGUUUACAAGGGUAGGCUUCAGGAUGGACAAGAUAUAGCCGUGAAGAGGCUCUCAAUAAAUUCUGGACAAGGAGAACGAGAAUUUAUGAACGAAGUCAAGUUAAUGUCAAGACUUCAACAUAGAAAUUUGGUUAGGCUCCUAGGUUUUUGCUUGGACGGGAAUGAAAGACUUCUCAUCUAUGAGCUUAUUCCUAACUCAAGCCUUGAUCACUUCUUAUUCGAUCCAAUCAAACGAUUGCAACUAGAUUGGAACACAAGAUACAAAAUCAUAGGAGGAAUAGCUAGAGGAAUUCUAUACCUUCAUGAAGAUUCUCAACAUCGAAUCAUCCAUCGUGAUUUAAAAGUUUCCAACAUUUUGUUAGAUACAGAAAUGAAUCCUAAAAUUUCAGACUUCGGAAUGGCAAGGUUAUUUUCAGGGGAUGAAACACAUGCUGAUACACGUAACAUUGUUGGAACAUUUGGAUACAUGGCUCCAGAAUAUGCGAUGAAUGGGAAAUUUUCGAUUAAAUCUGAUGUUUAUAGCUUUGGCGUGCUAGUUUUGGAAAUCAUCAGCGGUCAAAAAAUCUAUUUCAGUAAUGGAGAAGAAGGGGAGUCUCUUCUCACCUAUGUAGAUUCCAUUUUGAGGGAUAGCUCAAGGAGCGAAAUGAUGAGAUGUAUCCAUCUAGGCUUACUAUGUGUUCAAGAAAAUGCUGCUAGAAGACCAACCAUGGCCUCUGUUGUUCUCAUGCUUAGUAGCAAUUCUGUAUCGCUUGAAGUGCCCUCAAAACCAGCAUAUGUUCCACUCUCUGUUGUGAAGCCAGAGGCAUCUGCAAGCGCACCAGCUCAAUUCACAGCGAACGAAGCCUCAAUUUCCGAUCUAGAACCUCGAUAGAGUUUAUGAGCGACUUGUCUCCUAGGGACACUAUUUACUAAUUAUAGAAACAAUGUAGAACCUAUGGAAACAGCUUCAAUAUUAAGUGUUACUUCAAAGCAUCAUUGAAUUGUACACUACCUAUUAUGGAUUUUUUAAGGGGAAGAGAUAACAGUAGAGAGGAGGAGAGACACCUGGAGUUCACUCUUUAAAUGAGAUGAAGCUCCAAUAUUUCAUUCAUCCUCUGCCAUAAACAGAGACCAUAAAAUACAAAAACAAUAUUUUCUACUUAACAUUGUGCCUUUCGCUACCUGAAACAUUGACUAAAUCUAACACAAUUGCAACCAUGUAUGGCAGCCCAUAUGCAACAAUGUCGCUGCCAUUAGUUCUAUCCUUCUUCUGCUGUCAUUUGGCUGUCCCUUGCUCUCAUAAGUGCAGCCCUCAUUUGCAUCUCAUUUUUCAUUGCAUUUGCUGCCAAAGUUUUGCAUCUUUGACAACGCUGCUCCAAUACUAACGAGGGUAUCCUCUAGUAAUGGAUGCAUCAUCCACGAAGCAAGAGGUUGAUUUGUCCGUAUUCCUAUCCCGCUCCAGCUCCACACAACCACUACGUAGUCCUGUGAUACUGCCAAAGAAAAAUGCAUUCUUUUGAGGCGCAGGAAGAGUAACAGAUGAACUGCUAAGCAAGGUAACUACUCUUGUCAUGGUUGGUCUUGCAGUUGGGUUUUCUUGAACAGAAAGCAACCCAAUCUGAAUACACCUGGUAACUUCGUUACUCACAUAAGAAUCUCUUAAAAGUUGGAUCCAUUAAUUCCAAUACCAUCCCACCUUUCCAAUGCUUCCAUGCCUGCAAUAAAUCAUGAAAUUUGGA